AUGCCGCCAUAUGAGCCUCCGGUACAUAUGAGAGCACUUGAUUUGGAAGCAAUGUCUGCACCAGAAUUUCCUGAAUAUCCCUCAUUAUAUGUCAACACAUUAAGAGGGGCAAUGACAGAUGGAGAAUUGCAUGCAGGUAUGCAAUUUCAAAACAAAGAUGAUGCUAUAACAACAAUUAAAAAUUACUGCUUGCAGAAGUCCGUGGAAUAUAAAGUAAUCGAGUCUGGUCCAACUCGGUAUUUUGGAAGAUGCAAGUCAUAUGGCGAUGGAUGCAGUUGGAGAGUUCGCGCAUCCUAUAGCAAGAGGAAGCAGAUUUGGGAGAUUACAAAAUACAACGGCCCACACACUUGUACAGCAGCAAUGGUCUCCCAAGAUCAUUCAAAGCUAGAUUCAAACAUGAUUUCUCGAUGUAUACAAGCAUUGGUAAAAGAGAAGCCAUCUAUCAAUGUCUCUGUUUUAAUAGCAGAGAUCAGGAAUCGGUAUGGGUACACACCAACGUAUAGAAAGGUAUGGAUUGCAAAACAGAAAGCAAUUGAAGCUGCAUUCGGUAAUUGGGAGGAGUCAUAUAAUGAGUUACCGAAAUGGCUAUCAGCGUUACAACAAUUUGUCCCUGGGACAAUAAUUGAUCUCCAAACUCAACAAGCAUAUGAUGGAAAUUACCCGGUACGCGAUACUAACAUUUUCCAUAGGCUUUUUUGGAGUUUUCCCUCAUGUGUGGAGGCUUUCAAAUAUUGUAAGCCCGUAGUGCAGAUAGAUGGUACACAUCUUUAUGGAAAAUAUAAAGGGACUUUGUUGAUGGCAAUUGCACAAGAUGGUAAUAAAAAUAUUCUUCCAAUUGCAUUUGCCAUUGUGGAAGGAGAGACAUUAGAUGCAUGGCGUUUCUUCUUAGAGCAUCUACGAGCAGAUGUGACACCGCAGGAAGGCAUAUGUUUUAUUUCUGAUCGUCACCAAGCUAUCAAAGGAGCAUUUAGAGCAAUUGGUCGUCAGAUGAGUCCUCCUUAUGCCUAUCAU